AGGACGCUAGAGGGGUCACGGUUGGUCCUUCAACAACCUCUCAUCCCGUUGUUCAACUAGUUAGCCGUGGCAAUUGUCUCCACUCGUUAGCACAACACUAUUCUCGCUAUAAUUACUAUAAGUAUACUCUAAGCAUGAAGAUGAAAGGGAGAAUGAUCGAUGAGGAUGAACUAGGAGAGGGGGAGACGAAUGGUCAAGUUUUUUGCCACGAAUG